UUUGGUUAUGCCAUUUUAGUAUGAGAUGAGCUGUCUGCACUGCAGAGCAGAAGCAGUGUUGUUAAUACUUUUACUCCUAGGCUAGUGGAAUUUCUGUGCUAAACUGAUGUUCACUUAUCUGUCUCGCGAUUUAUACACCUGAUAGGAUUUCAUUUAUGUUCACUAAAAAAUUUUGGCUCAUUACAUUGUUAAGAUUUAUUCAUUUGAUGGAUAAUGUUUAGGCCUAGGUAGUUAAAAAUUUAAACCUCAGUAGGCCCUAGUCCUAUUGAGUCUCUAAGAGUGAGUGUAGGUCCUUUACCUUCAACAAUGGGAACUCUUGACAAACUUGUCAAAGCUUUGGAAGCUCUUAAAAUAAGUAAAGAACCUCCAUCAACUAUAGAAGAUGAAACACUUGUAAGAAGGAAGAAGAAAGUAGAAUUAUGCAAUUUUGUAGCAGAUACCAUGUGUUCUCCAAAUGUCAAAGGGGCUGCAAACUUUCCGUCGUUACUGUCAUUCUCCAUGGAGACGCUGUUGCAACUCUGUGAUGAUUCAGAUUCUAACAUUCGUUUGGUGGCUGAUGAAAGCCUCAAUAGGAUCAUCAGGGCUAUGAUGGACAACAACAUAGUCAAGGUGCAUGUUGAGCUACACAAGGAGAUUAAGAAGAAUGGAAGUGUUCGCUCCUUGCGUGCUGCACUUUGGAGAUUUGCUCAGCUGGCUCAUAUGAUAAGGCCCCAAAAAGGCAAGGCCUAUAUCCAGAACCUAGUGCCUAGCCUGAUAGAGAUUGCCAAACGUAGAGAGGAACCUGUGCUAGAGACUCUAGCUGCAUCCCUGCCUAGAAUACUGUCUGCUCUGGGCAACUUCACAACGGAUAACAACAUCAGGGAUCUUUUGAAGAGUUUGUUGGUCAACCUGAGUAGUGAUAUCACGGUAGUUCGCCGAACUGCAGCUACUAGUAUUGUCAGUGUUUGCCUCCACAGCCGCAAACCAAGUGUCUUCUUCUCAUACACUCUCAAUUCCUUGUUGGAUGGUAUUGUACCAGUCAAGGAGGGGGAGGAGUUGACUGUACAGGGAACACUAAACUGUGUGAGACUGCUACUACCACAUCUGACCCAGGCCACAGCUGGUGAUCAUGACUGUCUCUUUAGUGUUGAUAGGUUCAUACAAAUAUACGAGUUGUGUCUACACCUGAGUAGUCACCCGGACCACAACAUGGUGACUACAGCAUUAGAGACAUUACAUCAGUUGUUGUGUAUGAUGUUGCAGAUAUACGAGUUGUGUCUACACCUGAGUAGUCACCCGGACCACAACAUGGUGACUACAGCAUUAGAGACAUUACAUCAGUUGUUGUGUAUGAUGUUGCAGAUAUACGAGUUGUGUCUACACCUGAGUAGUCACCCGGACCACAACAUGAUAUACGAGUUGUGUCUACACCUGAGUAGUCACCCGGACCACAACAUGGUGACUACAGCAUUAGAGACAUUACAUCAGUUGUUGACAUCAGCUCCUAGACAACUGUUGGACACUCUCCUGUCUCCUCAAGGCAUCAGCAGAUCUCACAUACACACCCAGGCUGCUGAUACUGAAAAACUGUCUCGCAGAUCACUCAGUGAGAUGAGUGUGGCCUCAGUGACAGCAGAUUCUCCUCUGCUGGAUACACAAGAGGAGACAAUACAAGAUGGCAGACUGGUGCAAUGGAUACACUCCUCCUCCACCUCCUCCCAGAUAGACUCAGCCUCAGAAGAAAGUGAUACAGAGAAUAUAGGAAGUAGGAGAGAAGUUUUACCAAUUCUAGUUGGACCUUCUAUAGAGCGAGCUCCUAGUCUAGAAGCAGAUAUGUUGUUGGCUCGAGACACACCUUCGCCAGAAGCUACAGAUAAUCAACAAAGUCAAUCAGUCGCUAAUGUUCAGGUGUGGGAGGUAGGGUCUACACUAGAUGCUGGCCAGCCAGCUCUAUUACACUGUUGUCGUCGUCUAGUCACAGGGUUCCUGCUACCAGAGGGCAAUUCAGGGCCCAGAAUGCGUGUCAGUGUUAGAGCCUUGGCGUUACAAUGUCUAACUCAGUUAGUCCGUGUACAACCGUCUUUCUUCUUCUGCACUAUUGAUGUCAACAGCCAAGCUACCGCUGAUGGUUUUUCUCAUGUGAGUGAUGUGUUGUGCUUUGCGACCCACUCUGACCAGCAGUUGAGGGGUUUGUGUUGUGUUCUGGUUGGAACAUUUAUCUGCUCUUCAAUCACCACUGCUGCUACAACGUUUGAUCAGUGGGUCAACACUUGUCAACCGACCAAACCAGUCACCCUCCCCUCCCUAGUGUCACUUCUAACCACGGGUCUACAGGACGAGUCCUCCACAUGUGUGAGGCAUGCUCUGACCAGCCUCUGUGUCUGUCUAGGACCUCUGUUGUGUAGUCAUGACCACCAGACUGCUCUACCUAUACUGCCUGCGCUACUGAGAGUGGCAGACAACUCUUACUGGCUGGUCAAGGUGAAACUACUGGAACUGCUGGGAUAUUUGUCGUACCUGCAUAUCCACCAUGUGACAGGCAACAGUGAGUUCCAGUCCCAGGUGCUGCACUCUGUCAUGUUGGCACUGCUUGGGGACGAGGAUGCUCGAGUCAGGAAAGCUGCCUCUGAAGCAAUCACUAGAGCAUGUGAAAACAUGUUUCACCCGGUGGACUGGAACAGACUGGACAUUGUUAACUGUGCUGCGGCCUGUCUCAGAGACAUCUACCUCACUGGGCUGUUUGAUAGAGACUGUGAAAAGGCUGUGAGUUCUUCUGUAGAAGGUUCUUUAUCACGUGUUAUUUAUCUUCUUUCAAGACAACUACUACAAUCUUCCUCGAAACACCUAACGGCGGGGUGUUGUGAAGCUCUUAGCUCAUUGGCUGACAAGUUCCCCCCCUCCACCUACCCCAAGGCGUGGCACUGCUAUCUGAAGCAUCUCGCCUCUGAUACCAAGUCCUCUGUAAGUGCCUCAGGUCUUUUAGGUGUUCUAGUGGCAAUGUUAACUGCCUCACCUCUCUCUCUUGACCUGGACGUCCACAACUGGCUGCUACUGCUGGCUGCCAGUAUCUAUACUGGAUUAGCAACCAUGGGAUUAAAAGAAAAAGAAUUAAAUGAGAAAAUGGAAAACAAACAGUUGUGGAGUCACUUUCAAGACCCAAAGAUGGCUGGCUUAAGUGAGUCACUUCUGCAACACCUUGUGCGUAUGUUGUGUGUGUUUGUGAGAGUUCUGGAGGAAGCUCCUGGACCUAAGAACACCAACCCAUCACCAGUCAAGCGGCGACCUACACGCUCCUCCUCCCCAGCCAAGCUCACCCCCUCUACAGGUGAGAAAGACGCUGGGAAGGAAGAGAAAGGAAAGUUUGGUAAUUUCACCCAUCUUCCUCACUACAGCAAACUUUUUGAUAACCUACGAUCUGCUUAUACCAAUCACAAGACGCAGCUGGAAUGUGGUGACAAGAUGGCAGGACUGCUAGGCUCAGUACUACUUUGUAUCAGUCAAGUCUUGGAAUUCUCAACCCUGGCUGAGACAGGCAGGUGUGCUGAGGAACUCUUGCUAUAUUUACGAGUUGUUGUUUCAUUGGAACCAACCGCAAGUGUUGCUACGGUGCAACAGCUGUUGAAGAGUCUGUUUGGGUCCAACCGUGUAGCAGCUUGGGAGGAGGAAGGGAAGAUGUCCCUGCCUGAGCAACACUCUCCCUCCCAUUGCAACACCACCACCACCACACUGGGCUUCUAUGAUCUCAUACUUCGCAGGUUUCUUCAACAAAACACAUCACCUACAGAGUCUGACAUCCUGCCUAACAACAACGAGAAAGAAGCUUGGAACCAAAGAAAGACAGUUUCCAUCAUCAAGGGUCUGAUGAAGAGUUCUGAUCGCCAUGCACUAGCCUCUUACAUCCGCCUGUUUGAGCCCAUGGUCAUACAAGCACUAAAGCAAUACACAGUAACCAACAAUGUGAGGCUCCAGGUGGCUGUUCUAUCUCUUCUGACUCAACUAGUCCAGCUGAGAGUCAACUAUUGUCUUCUGGACUCUGACCAAAUAUUCAUCGAGUUUGUGUUGAAACAGUUUGAGUUUUUGGAAGCUGGUCAAAUCAACCAAGCUGAGGUUUUAACCCCCAAGAUGUUUGAGUUUCUGGUGCAUCUGUCUUAUGAGAAGAAUCACUCUAAGCCAGUGAUUGGAGUGGCCAAGGUGAUACAACUCUGUGAUGGCCUCAUGGCCAGUGGGCAGGACCCUCUCACCCACUGUAUCCCAGCCCUGGCGCCCAUAGUAGAGCAUGUAUUUACAGCUACAAGCUCCACUAGUGUCUGGCAAGUCAAAACUCAGAGGGACGUAGUAAUUGCCAUGCUGCUCAGACUAGCUGAAUAUCCUCAGGUGCUGAGUUUGCUGAGUCAGAUCUUGAUAGCUGAGCGAGGUGGGGAGGAGAGCAAGCGUUGGUCUCACCAGACUGCCGAUGUGCUGAUGCCACUUCUGGCGCAGGGAAGAGUCAGAUUAGACUCAGCUGAAGCUAUUGUUGCCUUGCUGAAUCUUCUCAAUAGUUUGCUACCUCGCACACUCAGUCCGCCUGAUCCUGUAUUGCGGGUUCUGUUUACCUCACAACUUUUUGAGAUAGAGUACAGCAGCCGCAGCCUAAGCACAAUGUUGGCGAUGCUGUUGUACAUCAUAGGUAGAGAUGAGGAGGACAGUUUUUUGGCUAGACUGGAGGAUCUGAAGCUGUGUGUGCGUGAACAGAGUGAUGAUCCUCUCAAUGCUACAGCCGCUAACCUCAACGACCCACCUCAGACUGUCUUUGCCAGAUUGCUGCUCAGAACAUUGCUGUGCCUUACCACUCAGUUACACUCAGCCACCUUCUGUUCCUAUGGAGACCCAUCUUCAGCCUCCUACCUACAAUACUUGCUGGCCCACUUCUUGCUCUGUUGCUGUCAUUUGCUUAAAUCAAGUAGUCAUCAGGUUAUUGCAGCAGGGUUAGUAGCACUAAUGGCACAAACAGAGGCCGCCAACAUAACUCAGCUGAGUAAGAUGUUUGUCAGUCUGGCACCACGAUGUCCUCUAGUAGUGGUACUUUGGUGUCGUCUACUAGCCUUCGCUGGUAUUGGACAUUGUGAUAAAGCUUUCUGGUCUACGCUUGUUGGAAUAAACAGUGUGGACAUCAAUAACUUCAAACAUUCAUGUUUGAAUUUGGACGUGGUUCACAGAGGCAGCCUUAUCGUGUUUUGCGAUUUUAUUGCAAGCUCAGCUAGGCUUGUAGAGGACAGCGCCUGGCUGCUUGGACGUCAUUUCCCUUCGUUGUUGUCUCUGUAUACAGAGCCCCCCGUGUAUGAGUUGCUUGAAGCCUGUAAGAACAAUCCUGCCACUGCUGGACUACUGCUACCCCCACUGGCAACUGUCGCUGCCAACAACCCUACUCCAUGGCUAGUCAGCAAGAUCCUGGACCUACUGUUCUCUGUCAGUCUGGAUGACUCAGGCUCCGUGCUGACUAUACUCACCAUGCUGCUGCAACAUCCUCACCUAGUGCUGGCCCGGCGUGCUUCAGCACUCGCCUGCUCGAGAGUAGAAUAUCUUCUGAUCUUGGAGAGAGAAGAGGUUGUGAAAAUGUUGGAUCAUGAUGAUCUGCUUAACUUAUUGAGACUGAUAACUACCAAAAACUCACGAUUGGCUACCAAACACAGUGGACUGGUCAGUUUGCUCAACAAGUUAGCGACCACUCACUACGACAUGACUCUUCCAUGUGAACAGGGCCGCAAUGUCAACACUACCAACAUCCAGUCCAUCUGCCUGGACAAGGCUUGGUUCCUUACUCAAGUGCGACUGAGGUGUUGUCAGGUGGAGAGUGCUCAGCAAUGCAGCCAACUGCUGAGUCAGCUGGACUAUGACGACAUUGUGUCUGUAAUGAGAUGCCAGCAAUUUAACAACUGCAUUUUGCAACACUGUUUCAUCCUUGGAACUCAACUUACAAUGCAGGAGCGCAAGACACCCAAGACAUUGAGUGAGCAUCUGUCUCCUCUACACCUUGCUGCCAGGACCACUCUACUGCAGCAUCUACACCAUCUACACACUCUCCUACCCAGGGUGCACCAGGUGUACAGUCCAGUGGGAAGGCUGGCAUUCCCCAAGGAGACCAAGUACACGGAGAGGCUGAAUGAGCUGUUUGGUGACGCCAAGUUUGUGGACACUCUAGUGAAGUUGGUGCCAGCGGUAGUGGCAUAUCUGGCGUCCACCAGAACCACAGGCUGUGAUCCCUCACCUGCAGCUCAAGACCUGGUUACCUUCGGUGUCCUCUGUACUGAGGUAGUACAUUGGAUGUUGAGAAAGUCAUCUCAGUGCCCUAGCCUCAUCAACAACUGCCUGGAAUGUGCUGUAGAUGUGCUGCAACUGGAGGAGGUGUCUGGAUUGUUGUUUAAGUAUUCACAUGUAGUACAUUGGAUGUUGAGAAAGUCAUCUCAGUGCCCUAGCCUCAUCCAUAACUGCCUGGAAUGUGCUGUAGAUGUGCUGCAACUGGAAAAGGUUCCUGGAUUGUUGUCUGUUACCCACUUGGGUUCUCUGACCUCUGCUUUGGCUCGCCUUGUCUAUUUUUCUACUCGGAACAACCUUAUCAUGCCUAGGCAACAAGGAAAUUCACAACUUGAUUUCAUGGUAAGGAUUGAAGAUGGCAAUAACUUUACUUUACCAAAGCCUAACCAAGGAAAUUAUUUAAACGGUGAAGAUGAAGAUAAUUCCCCUGAAGUAGAGACUGUAGUCGUGUCUCACACGUGUCUCCAGGUAGCAGCUCUAGUCUCAUGGCUGGAGAAUGUUCCACAGCCACUGUCUCACAUACCACCCUUCAUCAUCAACUCCAUCAGAGGCAUGGUACAAAGUGUCAGUAGAUGUCCCCCAGUGUUGUGGCACAGUGUGACCCCACCUGAUGCUUGGCCUCCUACAUCCACAGCUGCUACACCACCUGCUCCUCCACCUCUUCAUGACAUUGAUUUGCUAAGACAGCAAGUGUUCAGGAUAUCAUUGGUAGGAUGGACCAGUCGUACACAGUUUGAGGAAACUUGGAUGUCUCUACUGACUGUGCUUAGUGCCAGUCCUAGCCCUGACUCUGACCAGGAUGAGAUACAAGCCAUCAUGCAGGGAAGCAGUGUAGCUGUACAGGCUAUCACCUCACUCCUAGUACAGACUCUACUGCAGCCAUCUGCAGGCAACCCCAACACUGGUAGAUUGAUGCACUCUUCCAGAGACCUACCUCUAAAUCUACCAGAACAAUGGGGAGGCAAGUUGGAGAUAGUGACAGAUGCUCUCUAUUGGAAACUUAGAGAAUGUCGGACACUUGUACCAACCAGUGUUAAAAUAAGCUGCUUACACGAUCGAUGCAACAUUGAGAGGCUUCACAAUGUGCACAGGUAUGGCUACAGUCAAGUCUCUGUUAAUUUUUUGAAAACAGCAGUCAUGUCAACAGAAGAAAGAGCUGCCUAUCCCUCAGUAAACUCUGACUAUGAAGAACAUUUGAGGAGGAUUUCAGAGAGUGGGCUGGACUUACACUCUUGUCUCCAGUUCCUCUUAGAUCUCUACUCACAGUGGACACAGCCCGAGGUGAGUGUUCCACUGAACCUGCUGGUGGAGGUGGUGAGGUCUACGGUGAUCUUGUCAGAUCUGUUCUCUGAGAGAUCUCACUGGGCUUGGCUGCUGGACCUCAGUCUGGAGCUGUCUCGCUCACAUACACCAGAAGACGAGAUCCUACAUCAGUACCUGCUUCUGGCUGCCUGCAAGUCUGCUGCUAUCCUGCCUGCUCUGGAGACAGAGGCCAGUGACAGAGUGUUGAGGCUGCUAGAGGCUGGACUCAAGGCUAACUUCUCAUCUACCAGGCUGGCAGCAGUUCAUGGUCUUAUGUACCUCUUGGAGAGCUUCAUUCAUGUAAAGACUGAGGAAAACGUUAGUGAAACUCCCAGCAAAGUGCCAGAUACAAGGCAAAGACUUCUAUCCAUGGCGAAAGAGUUUAUCAACAAGCACUUUACUGCCGAGUCUUCCACUCUACACAGUGAGGACAGCCAGCUAGUGGUGUAUAGUCUGGUGUUUUAUUUAAUGGAACACUCACCAAAUGAUUUACCUUCAGAAGUACAGUCACAUCUGCUACAACUGGUCAUCUCCACAUCCUCUGGAAGACAGAUAGUUCUUUAUCAGGCACUUAUGCAGGGAGUAAGUAGAUUGGUGUUGGCCCAAGUGCCAGGGCUAUUGGAGCCUGUUACGAGGCUAGCUAUGGACAGACUCAACCAAUCAGAUCCUGCAGUGUCUCUGCUUGCUUUGAGGCUACUUCUCAUCUGCAUGUAUGGUGGAGAUUACAGCAGAAUGAGGGGACAAGAGGAUUUUGUAGAUCCUGAGCAGCUUGUGGCGACCAUGGAGAAAACCUCUGCUUUGUUUGAUAGAGUUAAAAAGGGAAGUCCUUCAGAGGUAGAAUGUGUGUGUGCAGUUCUUCCGUACCUACUUGCUGACUUCUUCCCUGCUUCAGAAAUGUUGACCAAAGUCAUAGGAGAAUUUCUUUCACCUCAGCAACCCAACCACAGACACCUAUCUGCUGUUGUUUUUCAGGUGUUAUCACAGGCAUGCAGAGAGGACCAACUACCAUUGCUACAGGCGUGGUUGGUAAUGUCUCUUCAUAUCUUUACUCAGACUCUGCCUGUAGCCACAUCCACUUGGUGCCUUGCCUGCUUCUUCAUCAGUGCCUCCACUAAUCCUUGGCUGAGAGCUAUAUUCCCUCAUGUUCAGUCACGGAUGGGUAAGUUCACUUAUGAAGACAGGAAGCUGCUUUGUAUUGCUGCCUCAGACUUCUACAGACAGCUGACUGAUGAUAAGCAAAAGGAAACAUUCUAUAGAACCUUUAAAGAAGCAGCAUCAACUCCACGGAGCCCUUUUGCUGAUGUGAUUGCAAGUCUAUAGUCAAAAAAUUGCAACAGAGUCAAAAUAACAGCUGAAAAAGGGUUGCAGCUUUAACACAUUUUUAAUGAAGACAUACAAACCCAAGACUCACAGUGAAGAGUUAAAUUCUCUUCAUUUUACACUGGUAAUGUUAUGUAGAAAUAAUUUGUUAUAUUUUUAUAAGUUAUUAUAUACUGUUAAUUAGUGUCAGGGUUAAUUGUUGUAUUGACUAGUGUGAUACGUUAAACUACAUUUGUUUUUAUUAAUGUAUAAGUUGAAUUUAUCAGCCAGUACCUUAGUCAUACGCUUUUUACAAUCCAAGUCUAGCCAAUGUAUAGUUUUGUUUUAUUUAUAUUUAUAUAUAGUCAUCAACAACCAAAGGUAUAUUACUUAAACUUGUACCUUAGACAUUCCGAUCUUUUUAUCAUUGCUUCCAGGAAAGUGUUAACUGCUAAGGUUGUAUGGAAAGUGUUGAUUGAGUGUUACUGUGGCUAUAAAUACAAUCUGAAUAGUUGGUUACCAUCACGAAUACUUGAACAGAACAAAUAUGUAUCAUAAACAUAAACAAAUGACUUUGCUGACCCGAAUCCUAUACUAAUAGCAUUAACAUAUGGUUUAGACAGUUCCAUUUAAGCAAUGUUAAAUAAUGUUUAUUUUCGGGCCAGGAACGUCAUUUGCUUAUGUUUAUGAUCCAUACCGGUUCUGUUCAAGUAUUCAUGGUUACUGUAGAACACAGAAAAACCACCUCACUAAAUAUCAAAUUGUUAGAGGAGUACAGUAAAAAUUUAAUUUUUCAAUUAAUUUUGUACUAAGAAUUCAUCUUUUAAAUUAAGAAAAUCCAAAAUCUGUAAUGUUAGGCCAUAAAAUAAAAAUAUUUUUCUAAAGGUUUUAUUAUCUGAACUCGGUGUGGUUUUCUCACAGAAAUAUAUAAUAAUGGAUAUCACAAAAGCAUUGAAAGAGUUUGUUAUGGCAUCUCCCUUAGUUAUAUUUCAUGUCAUUCUAUGUAAAUCCUAAUGUUUAAAAUUGUUGUCUAGCCUACAAGUUAAAUAUUUAGCUCUGUUCUUCCUUUAGUUAAGAAACAAUCAAUACAGACAGUGUUAGACCGAUCUGUAUACAGUAUAACAAACAGAAACAAAGCCUACUAUAAUAUAGCCUACAGGUAAUGUAGGAUUUGGUUUAUGGUAUAAGCCUAGUAAAAGGCCUAAAAAAAUAGUCACUAGCCAAUGAAACAUGGUUGAAUAAAAAUUUAGAUUUUAAGACAUAAUGAGGAUUUUUGACUACAAUACAAGGACUUAAAUUUCUAAUCGAAAAAUCAAACCACAGAACACAUUUUGAAAACCUGAUACAGUUGCCGAUUUGUUUUUUUAAACUUUAUGACAAUGCAAUUUCUUCAUAAUAUCCCUGAUAUAAAUAUAUAACUUUUUCAGAUUGAUCCUUCUCCUUCCAUGUUUGAAGUUCUUAUGUAGGUAUUUCCCCAAAAUACCUAUAUUUAAUAAAUAAAUACCUUUUAGAAAGUAUUGGCUCAAUAUAAUUAAACAAUAUUUUUGCUUUGAAAAAGUACAUCCUCAGAUAUCCUGAUAGUAAGAGAAAACCAUUUAAAGUGUAACACAAUUUUGUAAUGUAACAUGAGUAUAUCCAAGGCCGCACUAGAUAUGCAGGCCGUCCUGCUAAUUGUGUGACGUCACAACUGUAGGCAGUCCCGCUGCCGCUACACACACAGGGGCUUAUAAAGAUUUAUUGCAAAGAAAUAAACCUACCACCACUUCUUUAUUGUUCGAUAUUUACAAUUUUAUCAUAAACGUUUGAAUGGUUGUGGACGAUUUUGUUAGUAUACCACCGCGUUAUGCCGACUGACCACACCGCAUAGCGGGGAAGCGACCGCCUUCAGUUGUGACGUAGCGCCUGAAGUGGUGGGGGAGCAGGACGGCCCCUAUAUCUAUAGGAACCUUGGUAUAUCACAUAAUCUUUUUAUUAUAUAUUAGUUUUUCUUUCGAUUACUUAAAGUAAUAUCCGUUACCUUAUUACGAUUUCUCGUACAAUUCGUUACUCUGUUAUGAUUUUUUCAGUAACCUACAGUUAUUAUGUUAUGUAUGCUAUCAUGUUUGUAACAUAUUUAAUAUAUUGAAAAUAAAAGUGAGAUGUAAGAUAGUAUUUUGACAAAAUCACAGUUGUACCUAAAUA